AUGGUUUUGGAGCAAAAUGUCGAUAAAGAAAACAUAACAGUCGACAGAAAAAGGCCUAUUGUUGCUGCAGCGAUGUCAAACAACACUGAUGUUGUCCGAUUGCUUCUGCAAAAAGGGGCAAAAGUCAAUUCGGAUAAAUCAGGGGACCUAUCAGCUUUAUAUUUUUCUCUGGCUUAUGAAAAUGAAGAGAUGUUAACGUUGCUUCUCGAACAUAACGCAAAUGUUAAUGAAAUAGAUGCACAGGGAAUGUCGAUUUUUCAAAACGCUGUUUCAAGGGGAAACAUCAAUAUAGUGUCUAAACUUCUUCAAUAUGAUUGUGAUCUUUCUGUAAAAAAUACACAUGGAGAAACACCUUUUCACAUAAUUUCUCGUAUGGGAAAUAGCGAUUUACUUCAACAACUUUUACAUGUGAAAGGGGGAGCAGUUCUUAAUGAACAAAAUAUGUUUGCAGAAACAGCAUUAUACCUGGCAUCCGGAUUUAACAAUCGUAAAACUGUUGAACUGUUGAUUUCAAACGGAUCUGAUAUGAACAUAUGUGACUAUUUGAACACAUCACCUUUAUACAUAGCAUCUAAGAAAGGACACAUAGAUAUUGUUUCAGUUCUGCUCAAUUCUGGGGCAACGUAUGCAAUAUUUCGUUUUGAUCUUUCUAGCCCACUAAUGACCGCUGCAGCAAAUGGGCACGUGGGUAUAGUAAAGAUGCUAUUAAAUUUUGAAACAGAUGUUAAUCACCAAGACAAUAGAGGAAAAACAGCUUUAUGGCAUGCGGCAGCUUAUGGGAAAAUCGAUGUUGUUUCUUCAUUAUUACGGAUGUUAAUAUUUCUAAUAGUUAUGAGGAGACACCACUAG